AUGCCCCAAAGCGUCGUCUUCAACACAACACCUCCGUCCGCCAGCGGAAACUCCUCCAACUGCCCUCCCGCCGGGGAGUCGGGUCCAGCGCAACACAUGGGCAGGCUUUAUCAGCAGCGCACCACUGGUGGGCCCCUGCAGGACGGCCAAGCGCACAUGUGGAGUCCCGACGACGCUGGAUGGAGUAAUGGAUCUACAUGGCAAGCACAGCAGCCAGGCGCCGGGUUUGCAUCACCUCCAGCAUCCUUUGAUAACUUUCUAGCACCUGAAUGCCGUGGCUGGGAUACUGUCGGCCAGUUGAUCAUGCAAGAGUCGGGUAUCGGCUCUCUGUCAGACGCCUCUCUCUCGGAUAUGGGGUCAGUGGGCGACUCCUUGCAAAUCGACCCGAUCGUGCUCCUGGGGAGUCCAGGGGCUCUGAAUGAGACCGACGGAGAGGGCCCCAGCGGACCCGGAGACAAAGGGUUCCUGGAUGCGUUGAAACUCUACAGCGGAUUGCGUAACAACUGCCAGUCCACGACGCUCGAUAUUCUCACCGAGGCCGGCCGGCACAAAGUGCGAGUGAUAUGCAAUCUCUUUGACGAGCUGAGUCAGGCGGCGUUUGCACUCCAAGACGAUACUUUGCAUGCAUCGCCGACGGUGCGCUCCGACAUGUCCGAGGCCAAGAUCAUCACGGUCGCACUCGGCGAGGCAAUCCAGGUCUGCAUCGAUAUCAUUCAGCACAAUUUCCAAAUACACCAAUCCACUGCUCCAGCUCCAGAGCCUACAGGAAAUUGCGGCUCGUGCAGUCUCUCGGAGCAGCAGCAGCUUCGCCCUGCCAGGCCGGACUCACGGAAUGACCAAGUAGCUGGAGCAUGCAUCUGCCUCGCCGGCGUCGACGAGAAACAAUUGCGCGUUCAACAGAACGGCCUCGAGCUCCUUAUCUGUUUGGAUUUUUCCCUGACUCGUUUCCGCCAUGUCAUGUCCAAGGUCGAGUUCCUGGUUGCUGGUCCCCCACAGGGGAAUUGCGAUUGCUGCAUCAGUUCGGUCCCAAAAGUGGACACUGCACGCUCGCAGGUCUCUGCACUACUGAAGAAGUUUCGCAACUUUCAAGACUGA